CCCUCCGCAGGGUCACUGCCAAGCUGGACUGAGACGUGCCCGGCCUCGUCCCCGUUCGCUGCUGCAGGACGCUGCAAGACGCUCUGCAAACACCAAAGGCUUUGCUGCUCCUCUCAUCUCCCUUGUGCAGCCCCUGCAGCUUGGCGUGGGGUUGGAGCCUGCGCUGCCCCAGCAGCUUGGGGACUGGGCAGCUGGUGCCUGAGCCUUGAGGCUGUUCUCAUCCGGGGAGCACUGGUGCCGACAUGAUGCUGUGGGCCGUGCUGCUCUGCCUGGCUGCGGUCCCCCUCGCCAGCGCCGAUAGCUGCAAGGGCAACGCCGCCAUCCCAGGCAUUCCAGGCAUACCAGGACAGCCGGGCUCCAACGGCAAAGAUGGAGUGGAUGGCCCGAAGGGAGAGAAAGGUCCCCCAGGGCGGGUGGGCGAUGAAAUGGAGCUAGGGGAGAAAGGAGAGCCGGGGAUCCCCGGACACCCUGGCAAAGUCGGCCCCAAAGGCCCCGUCGGCUCCAAGGGCUCUCCAGGCCCCACGGGUCUUCCUGGGCCAAUAGGUGAAUCUGGGGACUUCAAGACCACCCUCAGGUCCGCAUUCUCAGCUGCCAGGACCAUUAGCAUGCUGCCACGCCGGGAGCAACCCAUCCGCUUCGACCGUGUCAUCACUAACGAGAACGGGCACUACGAGAACAGGUACGGCCGGUUCACUUGCAAGAUCCCAGGCCUCUACUACUUCACCUACCAUGUCACCUCCAGGGGCAACUUGUGCAUCAACAUCAAGAAGGGCCUGGGCACGAAGGGGGAGAAGGUGGUGACCUUCUGCGACUACGUGCACAACGUCUACCAGGUCACCACCGGGGGGGUGGUGUUGCGGCUGCAGGUAGAGGAGUCCGUGUGGCUGGAGCCCACCGAGAAGAAUUCCCUGGUGGGGAUCGAAGGGGCUGACAGCAUCUUCUCGGGGUUCCUGCUCUUCCCUGAGGCCUAGCAGCCUGCGGACUCCACCCCAGCACCCACUCUCCCAUGUCCUCCCCACAUGUCACCCCCAAGUGCACCAUGCUGGCACAAGCUUCCAUGCUGCAGCCCAUUGAUACACAAAGUGCUUUCCCCAGCAGCAGGGCCCUGGCACUGCCCCCACACAGAGCUGCCUUGGUGCUGCCCAUCCCUGGUGCAGCGCCAGCUUCAGCCCCACCCAGCACGCAGCCCCCUGGCAGAGAACCCACACCAAGGGAGGCCCAGCCCCGGGAGACCCGUUCUGUGUCCCUGAAUCCCUGGAAAGCACCAUGCAUCCUGAGGCUGCACUUCCUCAGUGCCUGGCACACGGUGCCGGUUCCCACAUGCACCGCUAAGAGCCCCUUGUCCCCAGGGCUGGCACGUCACUGCCACCGAAGGACCCCCGAGCUCAGCAGCACCUGAGCCCAGGGGCCAGAACCCCAGGAGAGCGAAAAUGGGCAAUGUGUCUCCUCUGUGUUUGGGGCCAAGGAGCCGUGUGGAGCAGGGAUGCCCCUGGGCUCCAGCCCCACCCAGUGUGUCAGAGCAGACCGAGCUUUACUCCACAUGGGCCUUCAGAUGAAUAAAUGUCCCCUUGGUGGACAGAUGUUGGGGGUCCCGGGGCACCACAUCCUUGCCUUGGGCCUGGGGCACCUCUGGGCCAGGACAAAGUUCCUCCCCAGCAGGCGAGAGGGCAGCUGCCCUCCUGCUUAGGGCGUCACACCUCUCUCCCAGGGGACCAGCCCCCUCCUCUCCCAGCCCAUAGCUUUCACAUAGCUUCUGCUAUGGGACACAAGCCCUUUAAAAUGAGCAAAGCACCAGCCCCCGCAGGACGACUCAGCGUGAUGGUUGGCCCGAGGAAUCCCAGCCAAGUGGGGGUCCCUGUCACAGCAGUGGGGAUUCCCCAGCAUUAAUUCUAUAGCCAAGGAUUCCCAUGCCGGAGAAUAGUGGGAGCCCAGCCCAGCCCCGAGAGACAAACAUUGGGGUGCAGUGGAAGUGCUCGCCAUCCUCUCCCGGGGGAUGCCCAGCUGCAAACUGCUCUGGCCUGCUCACUGCAGCACCAGUGCCGUGGGGCCGAUGGGGUCAGACUGAAGGCCCCGGCCCCAGUCCCAGCUCUAGGGAGAUGAUCCAUCAGGAGCAAUCCAAGAUCUGCACUCUCCUUUCCAAGCCAGGCUAGUCAAAGCCUGACGCCCUGCGGCUGCCAUGAUGCAGCCUGUGAUAGGGAGGAGACCUCCAGCAAGGACACCUGCAUCCUAGCCAGCCCCACUCCAGACACCUGCCUUCUCGGCUCCAGCGGCUGCUUGCUGUCCCUUGGGGCUAGUGCUCGCCAGGCCUGAGCAUGCUCACGUGCUCUCAGGCCCUCAGCCGGGCCCCGCCGAGCAGAUAGCCAAUAAACUUGAUGUCUGCUAUUGA